CGCCGCCACAGCCUCAAUCGCGGCUGCUGCCGCUUGUCGCCAAGUCGGUUUUCAAACGGGUUCCGUUGUGGCAACCAGCGCUACAACCGAAACCGCCAUAACGACCACAACGGCCACGAUUUACCCUGCGGUCAGCCGUACUCAGAGCGUCAAGAUUCUGAACGGCGUGAAUUGCCCAGCUGGGGCCACGGUGCUCCGAAACUGCACUGCGGCGUACGUUGUGAAUGCAGCCGGGAAGUGCAAGAAGAUGGCGGCGGUGCUGUGCAAGAACGAUUCCCCGCCCCCACCACCGCUGCAUCCUUCGCCGCCGCCACCUUCUCCACCCUCUCCGUCUCCAUCUCCGCCUCCCGUGCAGCGCUCGCCCCCGCCGCAGCCGCCUUCUCCCAAG